CUGAUAAUUCUGGGCUAAAUCGGGAUGAGUCUUUUCACCUUCUCCCCAGUUCUACUGACGUGUGGGUAUAUAUAACUGGCAUAACUGAAGAAGACUUGCUCUUCUGCUGGCCUUCUCCCUCAGUCUGGAGACCAAGGAAAUCAUCUGAAGCUGAAAAGAAGAAAUUUGAGGUAGGAUAGUAAGAGAGCUAUUUUUGGGAGGGCUCAGACAAGAAGCGGAAAGAGGAGGCACUUCCUUCUUUGGGUCAUCCUUAGAAGUUUUUUGAAAGAAAGGGACAAUGUAGCCUCAGAUACUAUUAUAUGUUCUGUCUGUCUGUCUGUCUGUCUCUCUCUCUCUCUCUCUCUCUCUCUCUCUGUGUGUGUGUGUCUGUCUAUCUGUCUGUCUGUCUCCCUAUGUUUCUGUUUCUCUCUGCGUGUCUCUCUCUGUCUCUCUCCUGCUCUCUUUCUCUUUCAUCUUGACAGCACUGCAGUAUUGGAAAACUUAGGGGUUAAUAAAGACUUGCUGACAAGAUUCCACCUUAAGUGGUUGGUGAUACCAGCAAUAGCAAUGAACCCUCAAGGGUAACAAGACAGGAGGGACACAUAAAUCUCUUGCUGAGUUCUUCUCUUCAGCCACACAGUAGAGAAGACUGUCUGCUUGUCCUUGAUAGUUUACUUCUGGCCAUGACACCAUGGCCUAAAAUUUAAAAAGAUUCCACAGAAAACUCACAAAACAGAAUUGGGGUUUUGGUCGCCUGCUUCCUCGAGGUGUCUGAGAAAUAAAGAAUAACUUUAAGUUUAGAAAGCACUGAACUGUUUCUGAAAUCCCUGCCAGGUUGAGUUUCUUACAGCCCAGGCUCUGGCCUCUCUGAUCCAGGGUGGACCUGAAGUCCAGGUCUGAGUCCACUCUCGCCUGCUCCAGAUCAGCUCCACUGAGCCCUCUCACCUGGGACUCUCUGACCUGCAAAUCACCCAGUGGAGGGGCUGGUGAGGUGGGGGCCAUGGUUCCUCUGUACAAGGACAACAAGGAGGACAUCUGUCCCAUCUGCCUGGAUCCCGUGAAGGAGGCUGUGAGGACAGAGUGCGGCCACCUCUUCUGCCGAAUGUGCCUGACCCAGCACAUGGAUAAAGCCUCAGUCUCUGGGUUCCUCCGCUGCCCAGUGUGCAGGAAGCCCUACUCUGAGGGGGUCCUUGGGGACGGUUAUAUCUGCUUCAGCCACCAGAAGAGGGUGUGCAUGUUCUGUGAGGCAAGCAGACAUCUCCUGUGUGUGGAAUGCCUCAAGUCCCCCGAACACCAGACCCAUGUUGAGCUCUCCAUUGAAAAUGCCAUCAGCCACUACAAGGAAAGACUCACCCGCAGAAGCAGAAAGCUCAGAAAGGACCUGGGGGAGCUUCAACGGCUCAAAGCUCAGGAAGAGCGGAUGCUGCACGCUCCGCAGGUGGAUUGGGGGAGCUACAGGCUAGGAGCAGAGUUGCAGAGCCAAGAUCAAACCACGGAACAGUUGAAGGCCCUACCACAGCAUCGUCUGGACCAACAAGAGGACCAGCCAGCGGAGGCAGUCAAGAUCUUUCACUUCUCUGAGGCAGUAACACAGCUCAGCAGCCUGAUUUCUGGACUGGAAAGGAUGGCCAAGGAAUUAGAUGCCAGAACUCUGAAGGAUGCCAGUGACUUACUGGACAGGAGUGUGCCCCAGAAAUUAGAAGGACUCCUCUCUCAUCUUCCUCCAGUGGAUCCAAACCUCAGUUAGUUCUCCUGGCGUGUUCUCUCCUGAUGCCUUAACCUCUGACAAUCGGACACAGUCUCAGCGGGGCACACCUGAAUCCACGUGGCAAAGGAGUCAAACCAGGAAGCAAA